AUGAUGUCCCAAACAGCACCUACUGCGACCCACCCGACAAGCCAGCAAGCCCCGUCCAGCAUCAAAGACAACGCGUUCGUGGCCUUCUACAACGACUACGACAUCAGCGAAUUGCUGUACAAACAACCCGCGUUCGAGUCGGGCUUUUUGCCCCUCGAGCCCGAGGAUGACCGACAGGCUCACUCGCACGCCAGAGUCCGGCCUUCAGAACAGACAUCCAACACCGCAAGCACAACGCCUCCUCCAGCGGCCGGUGCAGUGGGAGACAGAUCCGCCGCCUUGAAGAAGACCGCUCCACAACAGCAACAAGGAGCCGCCAGCAAGGCUAGAGCUGUCGAGCGGAGACCCAGUUUCAUCGAAGUGUCGACGCCCAAGCUGUAUGACGAGCAUGAAGCCGCGCAGAAGAACGGUGGUCGUCAGAUGCGCCGGCGACAUUCUUCCGAGUCGCAUGUGCCGAUGAGCUGGUGGCCCGAGGAUGAAACCACGGCCCAGCUUCGAUGGGAGGAGCGAGAUUGCGGCUCGGCCGACGAGGAGGAGGAGAUUAUGGAAAUGGAAAUGUGGACCGACUCUUUCUACGAUUUAUAA